AUGGGCACGCUGCGCCCGCCGCCGCCCGCCGCCGCCGGGAUGGGCACGCUGCGCCCGCCGCCGCCCGCCGCCGCCGGGAUGGGCACGCUGCGCCCGCCGCCGCCCGCCGCCGCCGGGAUGGGCACGCUGCGCCCGCUGCUGCUCGCCGCGCUCUGCCUGGCCGGCCCCGCGCCCGCCCGCGCCUGCCAGCUGCCCUCCGAGUGGAGACCCCUGAGCGAGGGCUGCCGCGCCGAGCUGGCCGAGAUCAUCGUGUACGCCAAGGUGCUGGCGCUGCACCCCGAGGUGCCCGGCCUCUACAACUACCUGCCUUGGCAGUACCACGCCGGCCAGGAAGGGCUCUUCUACUCCGCCGAGGUGGAGAUGCUGUGCGACCAGGCGUGGGGCAGCAUGCUCGAGGUGCCCGCCGGCUCCCGGCUCAACCUCACCGGCCUGGGCUACUUCUCCUGCCACUCCCACACGGUGGUUCAGGACUACUCUUACUUCUUCUUCCUCAGGAUGGAUGAAAAUUAUAACCUCUUGCCACAUGGAGUCAAUUUCCAAGACGCCAUCUUUCCAGAUACACAAGAAAACAGAAGGAUGUUUUCCAGUCUAUUUCAGUUUGCUAACUGUUCCCAAGGGCAGCACCUGGUGACAUUCUCCAGUGACUGGGAGGUCCAGGAGGACAACAGGCUCCUGUGCUCCUCGGUGCAGAAGGCGCUGUUUGAGGAGGAGGACCACGUCAAGAAGUUGCAGCAGAAGGUGGCCACCCUGGAGAAGCGGAACAAGCAGCUCCGAGAGCGGGUGAAGAAGGUCAAGCGGUCUCUGCGGCAGGCGCGGAAGAACAGCCGCCACCUGGAGCUGGUGACCCAAAAGCUGCAGGAGAAGCUGGCGGGCAGCGCGGGGCGGCACCUCAACGCCCGGGCCCGGGAGCCCGCGCGCGCCCCCUACCGGCAAGGGUAGCAGGUGCAGGCCUCCUGUCUGGUCCCAUGGGGAAGGCGAGCCCUGGGAUGGGCACCCAGCUGUUUCAAGCCGUGUAGGAGAUACCAGUUCUGCAUUUGGUGGUGUCUGACUGCACAAAAGGGCGAGAGUUGCUUUCCCCCUGGGUCCCAUGCUGUCACCAGCACAGGGUCUACAAGUCCGGAGGCAGCAGGAAACCUCUUUUGCCAUUUAGGGUUUGGCCUCCACAUCUGGGGGCACACUGGAGAAUGCCCUGCCUGGAGAAGGAACAUUCUAGAACCUCAGUGUACAAGACAUCCAGAGGUUAUAACCUUAUCUCAAAAGAAUGGGUUGUGUCUCAGCCUCCAGAGGCAGGCCAAGUAUACGUUCCCAGAAGUGAGCUAAAACUAGUCCUAGAAUUUCCUGGCGCCCCUUUCUCCAUAUUCUGGAAGCAGGGUGCGCAUUUGCCAAUAGGCAAGGCAGCCGUACUCCAGCCAGCAUUCCCCGCCCAGCUGAGGCACGUUAAGAUUUAAUGUGCUCGUCACAGGUAAGGGGCUGGGGGGCCAGCUGGUAAUUAAAGAUGAUGGAUUACACCUGAUUUCCAACACGGGCUCCCCAGGGCUGAUGAGAAAACCAGCAAGUUGUUUGAAGGGAGUAAUUGCUUUUAUGCACACCAUGUUUCAUCAACCCGCACUGCCAAAUGCUGACUUCAUGUGGGCUCAGCCAUUGCUUGCCAUGCCUCUGAGAUUUAAGGUCAGGGACCCCAGCACACUGAGAGUGCAUGUUCUGCAAAGACAUCGCCCUGCUUGUUGGGAUGAAGUGACCUUACCUCAUUCCCACACAGGCUCCUGAAGGGCUCGUUGCAGGUGGUGCAAACUGGGCAUCUCUCUCCCUCCCUCCCUCUC